AUGUCCAAGACACCCGACGACAACGACCCGACUCCAUUGCUGCCAGACGGAUGGGAGCAGUUCACGUCUCCAGAAGGCCACCGGUACUUCUACAAUGCCGCAACGAAGGAGAGCCGAUGGUCGCUGCCGUCGGAGGUACUGAAGCGAGAGGCGAUCGCUGAGCACCGCGACCCACGUCGCCGUCGGUCGAAUCGAGACAAGCGGAGGAAACCAAAGAGUGUGUUGGACACUGGCAAACUUUUGAUAGAGCACUUGGAGGACGGACCAAGCGAUCAAAUGGGAGCAAAGGCAACGAAGAGAGAGGCUGAAGGGACUGCUGGACCGGCCUCGAGCACCGUGUUCCAGCAGCUCCAGGCGUCGUUAGAAGGGAGACUGGGGGCUAUGCAUGCGGGACCAGGUCUUGCGUCCCAUGCGCCUCGCCGACACGACGACAGGAUGGAGAGUGGAGAUCGGCAGACGGUGGAGGUGCCGUCAGUGUCGGUGGAAGAGCAGCACGAGGCUGAGACGGCUGGCAUGAGCGCAGCCGAGCGAUUGCGUUUCUUGCGGAAAAAGAGGCAGGAGAGUAUGAUGUGGAAGCGCAAAAGCGUUGCGAGUGAUCCGUUUAUGGAAGAAGUUGCGAGCAACAUGAUGAAAAAAGGAGUCGUUGCUGGAAGAACCAAGCGAGAAGAAGACGGGGGUGAAAAAAAGAGGGUGACUUGGAAAGAGCAAGAGACGGCAGAAGAAGAGCGCAAGCGGCAGCAAAUGCAAAAGGAAAAAGAAGCAAGGGAACGAAAAGCAGAGCGAAAAAGACGCCAAGAGCAGAUUGCUAGAGAUCGGGAAGAGCAGCGAGAGCAGCCGAGUGCAGAGGAGCUUGAAGUGGAACAGCUGCGCGACCAGCCACAGGAAGAAAAGAAAGACGACCGAAAUGAGGGGGAAGCAGAGACGACGACGAACGAAAGCGAUAGCACGCGUGGUGCGUGCAUCGAUGAGCAUGAGCCUGAUCGUUACGAGACGGUCAAAGAUGGGCAAAACGGACGACAACACGCAACUGUUGCUGUCGAAAGCACAGCGGAACAAGGUGAGGAAACGACCGAUGCAGUUGCAGCCGGAUGUGUGGACCACGAAAGACAAGACCAAAGCCGAGGAAACGAAUGUGACACCUCGACCACUCGCGAGUCAACAAAGCAAGUGGAAAGUGUCGAAAACGGCCAACCCCCAACGUACGGCAGACCUAGCUCUGAGACGCAUCCUGACGCUGAUUGUGAUGAAAAGCAGCGCGUGCGCAAAGAGCGUCGGGCGCAAAAACGGCGUGAAAAGGAGUUGUUGGCCGCGUCAAAGCUGAGGUCGGUGGCACCGGAAGCAUCACAAAGCCGGCCAGCAUCCAGCUCAAAUAAACUGGACGAAACGACUGGCGCACGCUUACCUAGUAAUGAAGCAGAAGAGAGAGUGAAAGCAACGGAGAAGCAGUUGCGACGUGAACGGCGACGAGUGGCAAGAUUGGAAGCAGCAAUGGCAGCUCAACACUUGCAUGGAAACGGUAGCCAGGUCAAUACGCAGCAGGCGAAGGUCUCAGAGACACACACAGAUAGCAGCAACAGUGUGAACGCUGAAAUGGUCAACAACGGAAUUGGUACAGCAAGUGGACAGCCUGGGCCGUCGCUUUUCAGUGGCGGUAUGUACCCACCAUAUCCGUACAUGAUGAUGCCUCCGCUGCUACCGCCACCCGCACCGUACGGAUACUACUAUCCAUACAUGCAACCGCCUCCCGUGCCGAUGCCGAUGUAUCCUCCAGAGAUGGUGCCACCAGGCUAUCAAUCGAUGCUGUCGACUCCUCCGCACUCAGCAGCAGGGAUGACAAUGCCUUCGGCACUAGUGCCGUAUGGUUCCGAGUCGACACUGGCAAACGCGCAUGGAUACGGCACGAACUUCAACGGAAUGCAGUCUGGUUCAGAGUUGAGCAGGUGUGACUGCUGCAAGGGCAUCGGUGUUGGACUGGUAGAGAAGAACGGUGUCUGCGCACAUUGCAACCGGCUGCGCCUUGCGUUCAUCGUGGAUUCAGCUCAGAUGCGACUACGAUGUUCACUUUGCGGUGGGUGGGGGUUCCAGCUGCUCCAGGCAAACGGGAUGUGUGGACACUGCACUCGACAAACUGCGCAAAGCUCGCCGGUCAUCUCGGCUACCCAUCGUCCAAAUCGUGUUACAUCUGUGGUCGAACCGCGAAUGACUGCGACUGAGAGUAGGUCAAAGAUUGAUGACACUGAUUGGGACAAGUCGUCGUCGGACGACUCGGACUGGGACGAUUGA